GGUGUGACCGUCACAGAGUGGUUGCUGGGUUGUGUGUCUGCUGGGUUGUGUGUCUGCUGGGUUGUGUGUAUACGAGUUGUGUUGUUGUAUAUGGACAUGAGUGUGUCUGUGUGUGUGUGACGGUGUGUGUGUGUGUGAGUGUGUGUGUGUGAGACUCCUUUGGACAUGUUCCCCCAUGGUCUAUGGGGUGUACCUGCUCCCACUAGAGAGGAACGUUCAUUUAUUUCUCUUUCGCUCUGACUCUUUAUUUAUCUUUCUUUCGUUCAGACUAUUUAUUUAUUUAUUGCUUGUUUCUGUGGAAAUGUUGUCACUCCGAAAGAUGCACUCCAAAAGGAAGUCUCGCAGCACAGACAACUUCUUGUGUAUAAAGGACUCGGAGUCGCUGGACAGCUGCAUCUCUGGCGUGCUGUCUUCCCUGUACCCACCAUUCAUUUCCACGGCGCCCACGUUGCUGUGGCAACUCUUCAGCGUGGUGGAGCGGCAGUACCACGGCGACGGCCUGCGCUGCCUCCUCGACUACCUGCUGCCUGCCAAGAGCAUCCUCCACAGUCUACAGCAGCACAGCCGCGAGCGGUUUAAAGGCGUGCCCCUGUGCCACGUGGGCUGGCCGCUGUGCCUGCAGGAGAAAGUGGUGGUCCAGCUGAGUCCACUGCAUAAGGUGCGUCUGCGUCCAGGUGAUUUCUACCUGCAGCUGGUUCCGCAGGGCCGGCGGUCCGCGCGGCUCGUCCUCAAAUGCCUGGCGUCCAGCGGGCGCGCCGUAGCCGAGCUGCCCGUGCCCGAGGGCAUGAUCGCCCGCGUGUUCACGCUGCGCUUUCCAGACGAGAUCACGCGUGGACGUAACCUCCCGCCGCUGACCAGCUGCCUGCUCUCGGCCGCUGCCGGGGACGCCGUGUUCCGCACCCCCUGGAAGAACGUGGCCGUCCCGCUGCAGCUGACCGGCCUCUCUGUCCUGUAUGCUGCUGCUGGUGGAUAAGGAGUGUGUGUACAGGCCCGAGAGAGAACUCAGCAUCCCGUGUGAGCUGCUGACCUCCCUCAAGUCCCUCCAGAAGCACGUUGACCCGUCACAGUUGACCCAAGACCUGGACGGAACCUUCCCCUAUGACCACGCCCACUAUGUCAGCUUCAGAGAGAAGAUCGAACCCUUUGCCAGCAGCUGCAGUGAAGCAGUGACCUCCCUGCAGACCUCAAUCUCCUCACUGAACAACACAGGCAGCCUGGACACUACACAGGCGGUUAUGAAGGUGAUUGAAGAACGGAGGCGUUUGAUGAAGUGUGUGUUGGACGAUGUGAAGCUGAACCGACUCCGCCUGGAGGGAGGGACCUUUCUGGCCCGGAUACGCAAAGAGGAACUCUGUGACAACCACAUCUACAGGGCUGCUGUGGAUAUGGUGUGUGCUCUGUAUAACCUUGUGGAUGAGGAGGUCCACCGUCUGGUCAUCCAGUCCAACGCCUCCCUACAGCACCUAGAGGAGCUGCUACAGACACACAGAUUUGAGGAGGCCACUGUACAGAUUAAGCACUGGUUCACUGAAAAGGGGGAGAAGCACUUGGCCUCUCUAGACUCCUAUUGCCUCUCCUCUGCGUCAAUCACUCAGCUAAGGCGGGAUCUGGAUGAUUUCAUGGACCAAUCAGAUCGGCAGCAGAAACAGGCUCAGCUUCUUGUCCAGUCGGCUGAAGGGUGUCCAAGCCCAACUCUCAUGGACUUCAAACGCUUCCUCAGUGCCAUGACAACCCGCAGCGAGAGACGCAAGGCUGACCUGGAGACGCUGCAGAAUCUCUACGAGUUCUAUGACUCGGCGGAGCGCUGGCUGGCCUGCUGUGCGGAGUGUGUGCAGCUGGGGGGGGACGAGUGGGAGUGUGGGGUGGCGCUGCAGGAGGUGCGUGAGGAGGGCCGGGGGUUCUCCCACGAGCACUUCAGCACCAUGAGGGAGGCAGCCGAGGGCCUGGGGCUCGCACGAGUAGGCGAGAGGUGUAGCGCCCUCUGGAGGAGGUGCCAGGUAGCACACGCCCAGCUGGAAGAUGCUCUCACACAUUCUAGCACAGCACCCCCUGAUGGUGACCAGCGGGACUGCAGCCACACGCCUCCUCAGCUAUCCCCUCUGGGGGCGUCGCCCGAGCGCACUUCCUCCUUCCUGUUUGACCCACUCUACACCCCCACUGGCUCCGCCUCUUCCUCCCCUAGCCACUCCCACUUCCUGUUUCCCCCGGUGGAUGGGCGGGCGGGCGACAGCAGCGGUGCGUCGCCGUUUGAUGACACGGACAGCGACUGCACGGUGGACUCAUUUGUGUCAAGCCGCUCGGAGCCGCCUAUGCGCUCCGCCGCUAACGCCGCUAGCGCCGCUAGCGCCGCUAGCACCGCGGCACGUCUCCGCAAACCACCGCUGAGGAAGAUGAUGAGGAAGACCGGCGGCAGCUACGAGAUGGCCACGUGCACCAGCAGCGCGAGUGUGCACGAGCCACGGGGGGCGGGAGCGAGCAGCGCCGUGCGAGGCUACUCGGGUGUCCACAUCCGUGGGCUGGAGGUCACCAAUAACGUGUGUGCGGAGAAGACCCUGCAAAGGUCAGAGGUCAAGAGCCCUGUCCUCACCCGCAGUCAGAGCCUCUCCACCCCAGCCAGGACACACACACACACACUCACGCACGGGGACACGGACACCAAGACACACAGCAGUAAGAUCCAGCACAUCUUGGCUGAGAUGGUCAGUCUGAGGGCGGAGAUGCGAUCGGGUCGCUAAGCUUCAUUGAUCCAGCACUACUUCCCUGAGAUGGAGCGUCCAGACCUGCCGCAGGACCUGCGGGGCAAGCGCAGCAUUGUCUUUGGGAACCUGGAGAAGCUCUGGGCAUUCCACACACACCACUUCCUCAGGGAGCUGGAGCAGUGCACAGACACACCGCUCAGCGCCAGCCAGUGUUUUCUCACUCACGAGGAUCAGUUUGGCAUGUACGCCCUCUACAGCAAGAACAAGCCACGCUCAGAUGCUCUACUCUCCAGCCAUGGAAACAGCUUCUUCAAGAAUAAGCAGCUGGAGCUGGGUGACCACAUGGAUGUGGCGUCGUACCUGCUGAAACCGAUCCAGCGCAUGAGUAAAUACGCCCUCCUGCUCAAAGACCUCAUCAAGCAGUGUGGCCCCGCCCAGGAGGCGGAGCUACGCGACCUACGCACUGCCCACGACAUGGUCACCUUCCAACUGCGCCACGGCAAUGACCUGCUCGCCAUGGAUGCUAUCAGAGGAUGUGAUGUGAACUUGAAGGAGCAGGGUGAGUUGCGUUGCCAGGAUGAGUUUAUGGUGUGGUGUGGCCGCCGUAAGUACCUGCGUCAUGUCUUCCUCUUCGAAGACCUCAUCCUCUUCAGCAAGACCAAGAAGAUCGAGGGUGGAUACGACAUCUACAUCUACAAACAGUCUUACAAGACGGCGGAGAUUGGCAUGACGGAGAGUGUGGGCGAGAGUGGCCUGCGGUUCGAGAUCUGGUUCCGCCGCAGGAAGUCGCAGGACACCUUCAUCCUGCAGGCGGGGUCACCUGAGGUCAAGGCCUCCUGGACCAGCAUCAUCGGCAAGAUCCUCUGGAGACAGGCGCUACGCAACAGAGAGCUGCGCAUGCAGGAGAUGGUUUCCAUGGGGAUCGGCAGCAAGCCCUUCAUGGACAUCAAGCCCAGCGAGGCCGCCAUCAGUGACCGGGCCAUAGACUACAUCAUGAAGAGCUCAGAGUCCAGGAUGCGUGCCUCCAUUGCUGUGUCAUCGUUUGAGCACUGCGCGCCCCAUAAGCGUCCGCACUCCACCAUCUCCAACUCGUCCACCUCCUCGUCAGGCAGUCAGUCGUCCUCCUCGCUGCUGGGGCCACUCAACCUACACCUCUACCCCGCGCACACACACACUCUCUCACACACACACACACACCCUUCUGCAGCAUUCUCCUGGCCCUACGACUGCAUAGAGGAGGACGAGCUGGAACAGGACUCUACUAGCCAGCCCUCCGUCCAGACCUCCUCUUCCUCCCAGUGCACGUCGACUGACAGCAUCAGCGGCCACAGCUCUCUCACCAUAUCUGCCCACUCCUCCGUUGCCAUGGAGACCUUACCAGAUGACACACCUUCUUUCCUCUGCCCCGCCUCCUCCACACCUGUCCCCUCCCACUCGGAACCUCAGACUCCUCCCACUCCAGUGUGUCACAAAGAGGCGGAACUCCAACAAACAAACAGCACCUACAUCACUGCAAGUAUGGGCCCUCGUUUAACACUAGGCCUCUCCACAGUGGUCUGACUCACUGUGAGAUUGGACUGAGAGAUUCUGCACAUCAAGACCCAUAUCCUGAAUCGUCAUUGGAUGAGAUGACGAUAGCCGACCUAUCAGAUCACUGGGUCUGAGACACACCACGCCCUUUAUCCCAGCACACCUGAAUCUGUCUCUCUCUCACACACACACACACACACACACACACACACACACACACACACACACACACACACACACACACACACACACACACACACACACACACACACACACA